UUGACAGUUGUGAAUGUUAACUGCUUCCCCGCUUGUCUUCCUCCGUGGGACACGCACCAUGGCGGCGGCCGCGGCUGCUGCUGCUGCUUCCGCCUGCAGCCAGCACAGCACCGUGAUAUCGGCCUCGAAGAAAACACAAACCGGGGAGCAAAUACGGAGGAACCGCGAGAAUUCAAACCGGAGACAGGCUGCUCUUUUGUUCCUGAGUAACAUCUCCUUGGACGGGCGGCCGGUUCAGAUUCAGAGCAGCUCGUCCGAGAAUGGAGGGAACCGCCAGCACAAAGAGACCGACCGGGAGGGAGGCGGACUCGGUUCCGCUGCUGCGGGACUCUUCGCGGAGACUUGUAACAACAAUGACAGCUCCGGGACGUUCUCUGGUUUGUCGGCUUCCGUCACUUGCGUGGACGUGAAAACAUCCACGACGCAGCGUGCGGGCGCGGGGCUCCUCGCUGUGCCGCCUAUCCUGGUCCUGCCCUCCGACACGGGGAGCGCGGAGCUGCUGCUCGGCCACCGCAGAGACUCGGUCUCUUUGGCCGCCAACAGCAACCUUCUCUCGCCUUCAGCGUCCAACAGCAGCCUUCUGCCGUCGCCAGUGGGACCGCGGAAGUCUUCCACGUUGUUGUCGGUAGCGAGCUGUAACUCUGUGUCCUCCGAACUGAGGCAAAGGACUCGUAACCUGUCAGGCGGGUCUCCCAGACCACGGCACGCCAAGAAGAUCCACUUCAUUAAAAACAUGAAGCAGUACGACACGAGGGGCAGCAGGAUUGUGCUGAUAUGUGCUAAAAGGUCCCUCUGUGCCGCCUUCUCCGUCCUGCCGUACGGAGAGAGUUUUUACCUCAGCGACCCGAUGUUGAACCACCCCAGGAGGAGACAUUCAUCUGGGAAUAUUUCCACCUCCUUGGAGAUGGGACUGGAGGGUUUCCACUUGGAUACUUACGGCAGGUCUGUGUCAUACGCCCAGUUCCUGUACCCCACUAACGCCCUGGUGAGGCAGAAGCCGUCUUCCACCAGCGACCUGACGCUACAAAUCACCCUAUCCAGGAGUGCUCACAGCAUGCCCGGCAGGAGCUGUCCUCCGAGUAGGCUGAACAGCACCGUGGGAUUGGACCUAGGACUGGAGGAUGUGACUGACUAUGACCCUAAUAUUCUCAGUGACCCCCAGUGGCCAUGUGGGAAACACAAGCGGGUGCUGAUCUUCGCCUCCUACAUGACUACCGUCAUAGAAUACGUGAAGCCUUCAGACCUGAAGAAAGACAUGAACGAGACCUUCAAGGAGAAGUUUCCUCACAUCAAACUCACCCUCAGUAAGAUUCGCAGUCUGAAGAGAGAGAUGCAAUCGGUUGGCGAGGACUGUUGUUUGCAGCCCGCCACCAUCGCGAUGGCGUUUGUCUACUUUGAGAAGCUGGUCCUGCAGGGGCGACUCAAUAAACAAAACAGGAAGCUGGUCUCGGCAGCCUGCAUCCUAUUGGCUGCUAAGAUUAGCAGCGAUUUUAAGAAACAGGAAGUGAAACACCUGAUUGAUAAGCUGGAGGAACGCUUCAGGAUCAGUAGGCGGGAGCUGAUAACGUUCGAGUUCACCAUCCUGGUCGCCCUGGAGAUGGCGCUCUAUCUCCCGGAGAGUAAAGUCAUGCCACAUUACAGACGGCUGGUGCAGCAGCAACAGUUAUAGCUUCCUGGGCACACCUACCGUUGAUGUUGUCUACAAGUUCUCAGGCGGCCGGAGGGUGAUAACCAAGCGGGGGAAAAAUCACAGCGUCACGUAAUCUUCACGUCCCUGUGUGAGGUCCUGAACCUGAAGCCAGCAAUACAAAAGCCUCCAGAGAUUCCACAGGAUUCCUGUGAAAUGUUCAGUGUUUGUUGUAGUGGUGUAGUUCUCCUACUGAGGAUGACUUUCUUUCUACACGGUUGCCGCUUUCCUUCAAAACAAGUGUUGGUGAGGUCCGCCGCGUACGUCCUGAAGGAUUCCAGACAGAACCAGUUUUUCGAAUCUUGACUCUAAAAGGGACACUGUGCCACAUCCAUCUAAACAAACCGGUUCUUUAUAUUUUGCACUCCAAGCCAGCAGGGGACAGCAGAUACCAAACCCUCCAUUUAUUGUUGACAUUGGACAAACAUGCUAGGUUAAUUAGCCACUCCAAAUUGUCCAUAGGUAUGAAUGUGAGUGUGAAUGGUUGUUUGUCUAUAUGUGCCCUGUGAUUGGCUGGCGACCAGUCUAGGGUGUACCCCGCCUUACGCCCGAAGACAGCUGGGAUAGGCUCCAGCACCCCCCGCGACCCUCGUGAGGAAAAGCGGUAGAAAAUGAAUGAAUGAAUGAAUGAAUUGGAACGGGACUGGAGAUUUUGUCCGAAAUAGGCGAAAUCCGUUAUAAAAAAUCUGAUAUAUGCAAUGAAUUUUUAUUGGAAAUGCAUUACGGAAAAAUCGGUUCUUUUUUUAUCUGUCCGUUGUGAGCGAAUUUUCCGAUAUAUCCGAGUCCGAUAUAUGCGAGGUUUACUGUAGUUGAAUUGAAAUAGUGUUGACCAGCGGUCUCUGCUCUUUCUGCACUUUGCCUCGUUGUCCUGAGUUUUAAAUCGCAAAAAGAAAAGCGAUGAUAUUUUUCUAUAAUGUAGUUUUGUACACUCUAAGAUUUAUUAUUUAUUCACGUGAGGAAAUGUCAAACUUUCAGAUGACGUUUCUUGUUCCAAAUGUCUAGUUUUCUUCUCUACAUUAGAGACUUGAUACUAUGCAGCCUUCCCCUAUUUUAUUUAAAGGGGACCUAUUAUGCUUUUGUGUUCGACUCCCUGAGAUUUCCAUUUUAUUUUUUCCCGUCUCAGGCACGCCCACUCCACUGUGAUUGGUCACACCCCCAAAACCAAACAGUGCAGCAGAGUCGGUAGUAGGGCAGGCCUACAGCUUGUACCACGCCCGUAUAAGGAAGUCCGGUUCACUGUGAUGUCACAGAGAGCCGCUGUUAAAAAAAAAAAAAAACGAGCAGUCAGAGACUUUUUUUCAGAGCUCAGUUCCAAAUGCGUUGUAACAUUUACGGGUCAGUAAAGUGUGGGAAAACAUAACAGGUCCCCUUUAAGACUGACCCCGUGUUUGAUGUCGGACGCCAUUGCACACUUAUUGUUAUUAACGUUGUCUUCCAUUUAUUUAUGAAUAUUGUGACAUUUAAGUCAAUUCUAGGCUACAUUUCUAUUGUUUUGUUUUUGAACUGACAAUGUGUAUAGCUAAAGUAUAGUAUAGUUUUCCUACUUUAUUAGCCAGCACAGACACUCUAAACCAGGGGUGGGCAAACUACGGCCCGGGGGCCACAUCCGGCCCGCCAAGUGUUUGAAUACGGCCCGCCCGAUCUUUCCAAAGUAUUUAAUUUAAACUCAACAUACAACCUGGCAUCAUGGCCUGAGCCAACCUUUUGAUGGUUGUAUCAAUUUCGUUGUUUGACAUGGUCUGUUGUUUACAAAGUGCUCCUGAAAAAAGAGACACAAGCAACAUAAUAAUAAUAAAAAUUAAAAUAAUAAUUAUUAUAUUAUUAUUAUAACUAUUAUGAUUAUUAUAUUUAUUAUAUUAAUGCUAAUUAUUAUAUUAAUUAUAUAUAAUAGUAUUGUUAUAUUUGCAUAUUUUACAUAAUAAUAAUAUAAUAAUUAUUAUUUGAAUUUUAUUUUAAUUAUUAUAAUAUUUUAUUAUUUUUAAAAUAUUUAAAUAUAAAUAUAAAAUAAUAAAUAAUAAUAGCAGAUUGCAUGACAAUUUUA